AUGGACGAGAGUGAUGCGGAAGAUAGCGACAACAUUUUGGACCAUAUCCUGACCGUGGGUCAGGAGGUACAGCCCUUUGGGAAUUUGGGGUCUGAUGUGGUCGUGCAGAAGAACAUCGAAAAGCGCUUCCGCAGAGCCAUGCGCCACGGGCUCAACCGACGGGUUUACCCGGUCAAGGGGGCCAAGCGUUCAAAGGCCACGCGGCGGGUGGCACGUGCAGUGGUACAAUACCUGAUGAAGCCCCUCGACUUCGGGGAGAAGUGCAUCACCUAUGACCACCAUAAUGUCGACCGGACUAAGAGCCUGUCGGACAAGCAACAGGCGGCCACGGCCGGCAUAGUGGGUCUGGGUGAUGAGCUGAACCCCGAACGUUUCGAGGACGAGGACGAGGAUGGGAGGAGGAAGAACAAGUCCAAGGCAGGGGUGAGCGCAAGGACGGAGGGCAAAGCAGCGGCGGAGGCCCAAGUCAAGGCAGCGCAGGAGAAGGCCGAGGACGCGGACGGGGAGAGCGAGACGGAGCCUGACACACGAGGAAACGCAGAACGUGCCGACGACGCGGACGGCACGGACGACAAGGAGGAUCUCGACGACUGGGACCCCGACACCAUCGACCAGCUGGAGAGGUGCCUUCGGUCGCAGGCGGGGGUGGAUAGUCAGGCUGGCGGGCAUGAGCCCUCGACCCCGAAGGGGGUACGGUCUACAUUCACCUCCGACAGUAACCGGGAGGUAGAGACCUUUGAAUCAGCGCCCGGGCUGAUCAGUGCAAAGACAAUUCCGGCACUCCAGGCUUGUCGGAUCCUAGAACUGAAGCCGGAGCUCCAGUUCCGCCCACCCACGGACCCGACCCGCGUCACACAGGUGAUGCCAUCGCAGGCGACCGAUGCAGAGUUUAUGCUGUGUUGCGAGACUGUUGAUGACCGCGGUGGCAUCGUCGGUGAUGGUUGCGGGAUGGGAAAGACGUGCAUGGGGGGAUUGCAUGUGUGGUGUGCAGGGGAGGCCCAGGAACGUCUGCACGCUGCGGGUGUGGACUUUUAA